AUGCUUCCUGUCAGAGGCUCAAAUAUCAUGCCUGGAUGGUCGGCUUUAGGCGGUCAAGCGCAAUCUGCAUACACUACCGGUGCGGUAGAUUUGACUGACCGUGUCCUUGGGCACUCGUCACCCUCUGGCUCAUCAACAGGCUCUGCCGUUGGCGUCAGCGCAGGUUAUUCCCCCUUGGCGAUAGGAACGGACACUGGAGGGUCUUUGAUCACACCGAGCACCCGAGCGGCGUUAUAUACUCUCCGACCAACGAUGAACCUGAUCCCACAGGAUGGCUUGAUACCUCUGUCCCAUUCAUUCGAUACUGUGGGACCGAUGGCAAAAUCGCCUGCUGAUCUGGCAAACCUUUUGGAUGUCUUAGCCACUCCGAAGGGAAGCGAAAAGAGAAGAUUUCGUUCUCAAAUGAUGGCUGGUGACUUCAGAGACUUCAAAAUCGGGUUUCUCUCCCCAGAAACAUGGUGUUUUGACUCUGAUCUACAGCGCCCAGUGCCAGAAGCCACGGCGCAGAUAAAAACAGACACUCAGGCUGCUUACGCAAAGCUAGCGCUUACGGCAAAGUCAUUCAAAGCAGUAGAACUUGUAUCCAUCGAUGCAUUUGAAGUGAAUGGGCGGCAUAGUUUCUACGACAUUCAAACGGCUCGGUUUAAACCCACAUUUGAGGCUUACCUUGAAACCCUCGAAGAUUCCCAAGUACGGAGCCUGGAUGAACUCAUAAGGUUCAACCAGAACCAUGCAGAAAAAGAGCUUCCACCAGGCAAGUCGUCAUUCAUCACACAACUCCAGAACGCCGCCACAAUGACAAUGUCAGAUCAAGAGCAUGAUUUUCUUCUAGGACAUGCGCGCAAAGUUGGUCGAGACAUUGGCAUUGACAAGACACUCAAAGAAUAUGACGUAGAUCUGGUCAUUGCGCCAGCUGACUCUGCCGUAAAUCUGUUAGUGUCGGCUGCUGGCUACCCUUCCGCAACAAUGCCAUUGUCAUACCUCAAGUACAACGGCCGGCCCAUUGGUUUGGUUGCAUUUACGACUGCCGGGGGUGAAGAAAUGCUGUUAAACUUCCUGCGUGCGUACGAGGAUACCUUCCCAAAACGACGCCCCCCUAGUCGCCUCUAA